CUCAAUUUGAGCAAAAAUUAUACAAAUAUUCGGGUAAAAUGUGCUAACUUGAGACCUUUUUAACAUGCAUUUCCAUCAUUCUACCCUGACAAUUAGCUGUAACCCAUGUGUAGUGAUUUGGUUGUAACUCUAUGUAGCUGUUUGGUAGAAAUGCUAAUAUGAACAAAAAAUUUAAUGUUGUUAUUCAGAUUCGGGCAUUUUCGGUUAAUUCAGGCAAAAGCCAUCCUGCCCACUACAAAAAUGUGAGCCCGUACGCCUAUGAUCAGUUAAACCAAAAUAAAUAAAUAAAUAAAUAAAUAAAUAAAUGAAUCAAUAAAAUAAAAAAAGGAGACCCCCCUCCCCCCCCAAAAAAAAAAAAAAAAACCCAAAAAACCCCCAGCAACCCUACAAUUGUGUCUGUUUUUCUUCCUUACUGGCUGGAGAGUUCUUAUGGGACAAAGAAAUGCAGGGGAUCCUCCUCGGAGCCUCGUUCUGGGGUUACCUUCUGCUGCAGACUCCUGCGGGCUGGCUGAGCGAGCGGUACGGAACAAAGUUGGUGAUCGGUGUAGGAUUGACACCAGUCGUUCUCGGAACUCUUCUGUCACCAGUAGCCGCUCGGGCAAGUCCGUAUCUUCUGUUGGCGGUACGAGUCGUGGUCGGAGCCUCAUGUUCUGUCGUGUUUCCGUCCAUCACCAUUUUCUGGGCGAACUGGUCCCCACCGAGCCAGUGGAUGCGAAUGCUUGGAGUCACACUCACAGGCGGAGAAAUUGGAAAUGCGCUGAGUUUUCCUAUUGGAGGUGUCCUAUGCAAAUACGGGUUUGAUGGAGGAUGGCCAUCCAUGUUUUACGCCACUGGUGCAGCAGGGUUGCUAUGGAUUAUUGGAUGGGCAAUAUUGGUUCGGGACCAUCCGCAAGAUGUACCGGGAAUAUCUGAAAAAGAACGGAAAUACCUGGAAAGUGUUAUCAAUAGACAAGCGAUGUCUCACAAGAGCCAGAAAACGCCAUGGUUACAGCUGCUGACGUCACGGCCUUGUGUCGCCCUCAUGGUAACUCACUUCACCGCCAACUUCUUCAAUUACAUGAUGCUCACACAGAUUCCAACAUACAUGAAAGAAGUGAUGAACUUCGAUAUCAGUGCCAAUGGUUUUUUCUCCAUGCUGCCUUACAUCGGGUUGUGUAUAAUGAUCAACGUUGCAAGCACUACAUCCGAUUGCCUUAUAACUAGGAAGUGUCUUAAUGUGGCCCAAACCAGGAAACUCAUGAAUACUCUCGGGAUGGUGCUGCCCGGAGUGUUCAUGCUCUUCCUGGCUCAACUCGACUCACAACAACAGACGCUAGGAGUCGCUCUACUCUGCGGAGCCGUGGCCUCGUUCGGGUUCUGUUUCAGCGGCCACAUCACCAACUUCGCUGAUAUAGCCGUGGUGCAUGCCGGGACGCUGGCGGGAGUUUCAAAUACAUUUGCCACAAUCCCGGGAAUUUUAGCGCCAUACGUCGUAGCUCGCAUGACCAAACAUGGAACCAGAGGAGAAUGGCAGUUGGUAUUUUACUGUGCCACGGGUAUCUUGUUCCUGGGAACGUUCGUGUUUCUUCUCUUUGGAAGCGGGAUGCCACAGUCGUGGGCUCUUCCAGCUAAUGCCAACAAAACUACAUACAUCGGUGCCGGACCAGACACCGAAUACUCAGGGAUACCGAACUGUGAUCUCAAACUAGCUGUGUUGCCUAAGUCUACUGAUGUCGAAUGUAAGCUAGAACAUUCCAGAAUUUUGGGGUCAAGUCUAAAACCCUCAUGCAAGUCAGCAGAAGAACGUAAGAGUAUGUUAUGUUCAUCCAAUGAACAUACGGAUAAUGCUUUGGGAACAAAGGGAAAUACGGACUUUUUGGUGUUAAGGAAGGAAAACACAGACUCCCUAAGGUCAAAAGAGGAAGAUAUAGAUAUUCCAGAGUCAAAUGAGGAACAGACUCCUAUGAUAGGAUCAAAUAUGGAAGAGACAUGCGUAUUGGAGGAAAACCAGGAACACGUAAACGUGCCAAGGACAACACUGGAAGAAAAAUCAUGUUAGGGUCAAAAUGGUAAAACAUAGACAUGUUAGGGUCAAACGCUGAAGACACAAGCGUACUAGGGUCAAAACUGGAGCAGACGGAUAUCUCUGGAUUAACAGUAGAAAACACAGCCAUGCCUGGAUCAACGCCAAAAGUCAAAAUCAUCAUACGGUCAAAUCACGAAGACGCGUGCCUAAUUAGGACUAAUACUGGAAGAGUUCAGUAGAUUAGAAUCGAAUCUUGAAGCUACAGGCUUGUCAUUUCGAAAUUUAUGACGCAGAUAAUCUUGUGAAAACCACAGAACAGUUACCAAUCAGAAAAUAGCGCACUUUAGUUGAUCGAGAACGCCUGUGUCAAAUAUUUGUAACAAUGUUUAGUUAACAUAUUGUAGGUAGCUAUAUACCAAAUAGCAUCUGACUGGGUCAAAGUUCCAAUUGACGCUAACUUAAAAUAGAGCUUUAACAGACCUCGUCCUGCACAACAUAAAGGGGAGUCAUUAAUUGCUCCCCUAACUUAGCUGAUGGUCAGACAUGUAAGAUACAACCAUAUUCAGCAUUGAUAUACAUUUUUUGUAUUAUUAUUAUUAUUAUUAUUAUUAUUAUUAUAUUUUUUAAAAUUCA